UUUCUUAUCUUACUUAAAACCAACACAUUCUUGUAAUGUAUUUAAUGACAAGUAUUUAAAUAAAUAUUUUAUACAUAUUAAACAGUGUCACGUAAAAUGAAUCGAAACAGACAAAAGGGGAAGUUUAAACUUCUAGAUAAAUACAAAGCAAUUACCUUCUUUUGGUUGUGUAGUAUUAUACUUUGCUCUAUUUGGUAUGGCUUUGUGACUCACAAAAAUAGUACUUACUAUAAAAUAGAGUCAGAGAUUGCUGACGAAAACCGAAUCACAGACGCAAAUAGCAAAGAAAAUACCGACUACGGAGACGUAGAAGUAAACAAUUUCAUGGGAUUAAAAAUUGUCCAUUUGGAUUUGAAAGGAGCACCUCCAAAAAUAAGUUAUUUUAAACAAUUGUUUCCGCUCUUGGCAAGUUUAGGCGCCACUGGACUACUGAUAGAAUAUGAAGAUAUGUUCCCUUACUAUAAAACACUAGCUAACGUGAGCAGUCUCGAGGCAUACUCAUUAAAAGAAAUCGAAACAGUAAAUAAACUCGCGCAAUUAUCGAAUUUAUUAAUCAUACCGUUGAUUCCAACCAUUGGUCAUUUAGGUUUUAUUUUAAAGUUAGAAGAGUUUAAGUCACUUCGGGCAAUUCCCGAAUACCCCCACGUAAUUUGUCCCAAUAACAAAAAAUCAUUCGCAAUUAUAUUUGCCAUGAUUGAUCAGAUUAUCAAAGCGCAUCCGAGAAUUCAAAUGAUUCACAUAGGGGCUAAUGAGGUGCAUUACAUAGCACAAUGUGGUACAGAAGACGACAGUUACCCAAUAAAAAACACAAAAUACCAAAUAUUUUUAACACACAUGACGACAAUUGCACGAUACAUCCGCAAAAAAUAUUCCAAUUUACGAAUCCUAAUGUAUGACGAUCAACUGAGAAACAUUUCGCCUGAUGAAUUAAAAUUAAGUGAAAUAAGCAGUUUGGUAGAGCCCGUGGUGUGGAAAUAUUCAACCGACGUUUACACCGAUUUAGGACCGAGUUUAUGGCACAUGUACAAAAAUAUAUUUCCAAAACUUUGGAUAAGUAGCGCUUUUAAGGGGGCAACGGGAAGUAAUAAAUACCUUACGGAAGUAACGCAUCAUUUAGAAAACCACAGGUCGUGGCUGUAUAUUAUAUCUGAAUUGAAAGAGAAAACCAAGUUGGAAGGCAUCAUUCUGACAGGAAGACAACGUUACGAUCACUUUUCCGUCCUUUGUGAGCUCCUUCCUGUAAGUCUUCCAUCUUUGGCUUUAUGUUUAAGACUUCUGCAAGGCUAUGACGAUUCUCCCCUCAGUCCUCCGACCGAAGUAGCGAAAUUACUCGAGUGUGAGCAACCUUACGGUCUUUUAGGUCCUGCAUUCGGUACUCCUAGAUGUUCUUACCCAGGAGGUGACAUUCUAGAAAGCAUAUUACGAUUUCAUCAAAUACAACAAGAUUUUGAAAACAUUAUUCAAAAUGACAGAUACAAAGGGUGGAUGAACGAUUAUAAUUUUAAAUUUUCAUUCUCAAACCCCCGAAUCGUCGAAACACUUUUUAAUCAUUUACAAAGACUGUCCUUUGAUUUGACUGAAGUUGAUGAAGAAAUUUCGCACGCUUUAGAGAAAAUUUACUACAAUUCCACCGUUGAAGAGUGGAGAACGAGUUUUUUAUUACCUCUAGCGAAUAGGAUUAAUGAAAUAUUGAAGAAAAAAAGUCAUUUAUUAUCAUCAACCCAUUGGCCUCGAAAACCCUUUUAUCAUCGAUAAAUAUUUAACAUAAAUUUGUAUCAAGGGAUUAUGAAAAUGUAUUACUUUAAAUUCAAAAUAGUUUUUAUUUACAGUAUCUGAGUUAUUU